AUGGCGCAACGUAGGAUGGAGCAAUCGCAGGUAGUGGUGUUCGAGGACUUCCUGCCGUCCAUGGCGGAGCGGCUGGGGGCGGAGGGCCUCAUCGGGGAGCUCUGCAAGGGGUUCCGCCUGCUGAUGGACCCGCACCGCGGGCUGAUCACACUGGAGAGCCUGAGGAGGAACUCGGCGGCGCUGGGGCUGGGGGGCCUGGACGACGACGACCUCCGGGAGAUGCUCCGGGAAGGGGACCUCGACGGCGACGGCGCUCUCAACGAGCUGGAGUUCUGCGUGCUUAUGUUUCGGCUCAGCCCCGAGCUCAUGGACGGCUCCCGCCGCCUGCUCCAGGAGGCCCUGGGGGAGAAGGACGAGGAAGAUGAGGAGCUGCUCAGCCAAUUCACAUCGUAG